AUGGCGAGAAGCGACGAGUGGAGAAAAAACGCGGACACGCACAAGAUGAGCCCCGAGGAGGUGAGAAAGGCCGGGGUGGAAGCUUCCGUGCGGCCACCGGGCAGCGGCCCAUCCCCCGGCGGUGUCCUCCACCAGCGCCGCCGGCUGCCUUACGGUCUCGCAACCAUGGUGUUAGGGGGCUCCGCCAUCGUUGGGGCCUUGUGGUACUUCACUAUCUACGUCAAGAAGAAGCCUGAGGCCACCGCCCUUGACGUGGCCAAGGUCUCGACGGGCGUGGCGCAGCCCGAGGACACGCGCCCCCGUAAGUAG